AGGCGACAAUAUGACAGACAUGCAGGAGAUCGCCAUCACAGAGGACAAGCCUUUACUUACGGGUCAGGCUGAUCCUGCCAAGGAUGCUGCUGAACUAGCUGCUAGGAUACUCCUGGACCAAGGACAGGCGCACAGUGUUGAGACCCCACACGGCGUUCUACACGUGACCCUCCACGGCACACGGACCACCCGCAGGCCCGCCAUCCUCACCUUCCACGAUGUGGGUCUGGACAGUAAAAGCUGCUUCUCUCCUCUGUUUAAGUUUGAAGAGAUGCAGGAAAUUGUCAAGAAUUUCACCCUGAUUCACAUUGAUGGUCCUGGACAAGAGGAGGGGGCCCCCACUUACCCCCCAGGCUACCAGUAUCCGUCCAUGGAGACCAUAGCUGAGAUGAUCCCUGCUGUGCUGCAGUUUUUCAACUUCCGCUCUGUCAUCGGAGUGGGCGUGGGAGCAGGAGCGUAUGUCCUCUCCAAGUUCACACUCGCUAAUCCAGAUUCAGUGGAGGGUCUGGUUCUGAUCAACAUCGACACUAAUGCUCGAGGAUGGAUGGACUGGGCUGCUCAGAAGCUCAGUUCUGUGACUUCCACCUUCACAGAGCAGAUUCUGUGUCACCUUUUCAGUCAGGAGGAGCUGUCAUCAAACACAGACAUAGUUCAGUCUCACAGAGAGCGCAUCUCGAAAGCCCCCAACCUGGCCAACAUCGAGCUCUUUUGGAAGAUGUACAACAGCCGUAGGGACUUGAACCUUGACCGCAACUACACCUUCAAGUGUCCAGUGAUGUUGGUGGUGGGGGAUUUGGCUCCAUACGAGGAAGCUGCUGUGGAGUGUAACAGCAAACUGGACCCAACAACAACCUCAUUCCUGAAGAUGGCUGAUGCUGGUGGUCUCCCUCAGCUGACCCAGCCCGCUAAACUGACUGAGGCUUUCAAGUAUUUCAUCCAGGGCAUGGGCUACAACACUGUUACUGUGAGACGGGCGUUCAAGAAGGUAAACCCUCAAAAGUCAGCAGGGCCUGAUAGUAUCCCAGGACAGGUGCUGAGAGUGUGCACUGACCAACUCACCAAGGUUUUUACCAACAUCUUUAACCUAUCUCUGAGCCAGUGUAUUGUGUCCACCAUCUUCAAGACCUCAACAGUUGUCCCCAUCCCAAAGACCUCUGCAGCAUCCUGCCUUAAUGACUUUCAGCCCCUUGCACUCACAUCUGUCGUCAUGAAAUGCUUUGAGCAAAUUUUCAAAAGUCACAUCUGUGCCUCCCUCCCUGACACCCUGGACCCCCUACAGUUCACAUACAGAGCAAACAAGUCUACAGAUGAUGCCAUUGCUUUAGAAGUUCACACCUCCCUCAGCCAUCUGGAGAAGGAUAACACCCAUGUGAGAAUGCUCUUCAUUGACUACAGCUCAGCAUUCAACACCAUAAUCCCAUCCAAACUGGUCUCCAAGCUCACCAAAUUUGGCCUGGAGAAGUCCAUCUGCUGCUGGAUACUGAACUUCUUCACCAACAGACCACAGGCAGUGAGAAUUGACUGUCAUAUCUCCUCCAAACUAGUCCUCAGCACCAGUACACCUCAGGGCUGUGUCCUCAGUCCACUCCUGUACUCACUAUUUACAAAUGACUGUACCACCAAGCACAGCUCUAACAUCAUCCUCAAGUAUGCUGAUGACACCACCAUCCCGGGCCUCGUCACUAACAACAACGAUGCCAACAGACGAGGGGAGGGGACCCUGUGGCAGAUCCAGAACUUACUGAAGGACUUGUUUAUCCUCUCUGGCCUGGGAAUACCUUAG